GUUAUCUUGGGAAGAAGACUCAGGGAAGGUAAGGAAGGAGUGGGAAGGUCAAGUCACAAUCAGUUGCUCAGGCGUGGUCGCUGUGUUAGCUUCGUUUAUCCGGGUUUGGUCGCUUCUUAUCAGCGUUUGCGUUUUGGUUUGUGUUUGUGUUUCGAGAUCAGAUGCCUCGCGUAUCCAGGGACAAGAACAAUGUGAGCACAGUCCACAAGCAGGGGCAAAAAACUAACGUCAUGUCUCACACGGUCACAGUAACGAGGACUACCACAACCACAUCAACUUCCGCCAUCAUCAUCAACACUGGAUAUAUGAAAACGUUUCCGGGGCUCCUCAAGCUCCUCGAAGUUGUUGUAGGUGGUGUAGCGCUUACCCUAAUCUGUGUUUACAUCAAUGACUAUUACACCCGAUAUGGCGCCCUUUCGGAACAGUUCUUUCUUGCUGCAGUGACAACGGUGUUUGUAGCUAGUUUCUGCCUUCUAUUAUCAUGUUUGCUGUCAUUAUCAACGGCAACUAUCAUUGCCAAAACUAUGUUUAUUCUUGGUGGUUUGUGUCAGACUAUGUUAAUGAAUUUCGGACCCGCUCAAGCACAAUUAAUUGGUAUGUCUUUCUAUUCCCUUCUAUCAGCAAAUGCUGCUGCUACCUCUGGAGUUACUCUGCUGCUGACGUGCUAUGUUAUAUCGGAAAAUACCUACCACCUAAUAAAGACAUCUAUAUUUGAAAUCGUCUUCAAUUUAAGCGCUGCUUUUUCUUAUCUCAGUGCUUCUACAUGCCUGGCAGUAGCAGUAAAUGUAUACCUUUAUCCUGUAUAUUUGGUGACUAUGGGGUUUAUAUCUUACCCUGCAAUGAUUGCUGCUUAUACGAUAGGAUUCGCUUUAGGAAUAACACACGCUGUUGACGCUUACCAUGCUUAUCGACACUACAAAGGAUUCCCCACUAACUAAAUCUAUUUGUGAGAGCUGAUCAAACAUUAUCUCUGAAAAGAACAGCCUGAUUCAAUACUUUAUUUGUUAUUAAUACAACUAGAUAUUUUUUGUGAAUUUAUAACAAUUGGGUAGUUGGAUUUUUAUUAAUUGAUUUUAUGUACAAAGAUAUAAGGAAAUAAUCUUGUCAUUUUUUAAAAUUUAUAUUGAAUCAAAUUUUUGUUAGCACAACUACCAGCAGUUCUUAAAAACAGUGUUUUUCAAUUUUGUUUUUUAAAAUAAACUUUACUAGAAAUAUUAAAUUUUUACUAAGUAUUAUUUUAUUACAUAAGAAUAAUUAUGUAAAAUAAAUAUAACUUUAUACUUAAAGAAUUAAAAUUCUUUGCUUAUUAAUUAUAGAUAUUAUUUUCAAUGAAAAUAAAAUAUAUUAUUUUAUUUAUUUAUGUUGUAUAAAUAUAAGAAUAAACGUAUUUUUGUUUUAUUUUAAUUGUGUAAUCAAUUUGUAAUUAUUAUGAAUAAGUAAAUAUUCCUCUAACAGCUUAUUCUUAUGUCUAAUGUCUAUAACUUAAUAUUAAUACCUAAGAUUAAACAUUCAUUCUAAUGUCUAUAUCUUAAUAUUAAUACCUAAGAUUAAACAUCCAUUAAUCACUUUGUUUAUCACAGAGAAUAAUUUUAAAUAGAUUAUGAAUGAAAAAGAGUUAUUAUUUAAUCUAUACAAAAUGGAAAAACCAGGCAAUCUGAGUAAAAAGUACUAAUACUAUUUCCAUUUCUACCAUAAGUAUCUUAAAACA